AUGAUUACUUCCCAGCCUAUUGUUGCGAGCAAGAGCUUGAGAGUUCCAGGCGCGUUGGCAGACUGCCCUUUGACCCUCAUCCCCAUCGCCCCGGACCUCCCCAGAGACGUGGUGUGCGCUCUCCUCUCUCCACGAGGGAGAUACGUUGCCAUUGCCCUGCCCGAUUGUGAAAUUUGGAUUCUUGAUGGGGCCCUAAACUGGUCCAGAGUCCACAUCCUACAAACCGAAGGCUGGCCGGCCACAGCGCUUCAUUGGUACGUCGAUCCAAACAUGAAGGGCAGCGAGGCCUUGUUCUGCGGGACUAGCGGGGGCGUGGUCUCGUUGUACAGGUUCUCUGAGGACAGCACGUAUAUCGCUCGAGUUUGGGAACGACAGCUGGCAGGCGGAAUAAACGUAUUCGUGCAGAAGGGGUCGGAGCUCAUCGUGGUACAUCGUAACGAUGUCUCGAGGGCCUGGCUCCCACCCAUAGAAGAGACCGUACCGAGUCCAGCUUUGCCGAGGUUUUUCUCCGUAUUCCAAUUUAGUCCCGGCCAUCACGAAGUUGUCGAGGCCUUCUUUUACGACGAGAUCCCUUCCGAUGGUCAUGGGACAAUUGUGGUUAUGUUGUCCAAAGUUCGCUGGUACAAACUCAGACAAUGCAGGACCGGGUUGGAAAUGAUAGCCAGCGGACCGGUGCCGCCAUACCAUGCGACGGCUGCCGUGUCUCCAUCCCUACGAACCAUGGGGCUUGUCGAGCGCGACAGCAUGGUUCUAAGCCGUUCCGGAACGAGAAUCUCCUUUGAGAAGGACCUCGAAGGAACCUUUCUCAGCGGCAGGUUUGUUCACUUGGAUGACUCGAGGCUGAUUCUUGGAACUAUGGCGGGCACCCUUCUGAUGGUUGAGCACGACGAAACCCAUCAUACUGUGGGCCAAUAUGUGUUGUCACGGCCUGAUGCUGAGCUCCGUCCUCUCCAUGCCCGGGCUGGCCACUUGGAGACUACCGCCAUCGUUCAAGAGGUUUCACCGUCCGGACCCAAGCUAUUCCUUCUGGUCAACACCAGACGACUAUUCGGAGGAUCUGGAUUCAACAGAUCCGAUGUUGUUAGAUUCACAAUCCAUAUUGCAGCCUUCUUUCUACUGGCAGCAUGGGAAUUCGGCAUCAUGUGUAUCAUUGCUGUUCUCGAGGCUUUUGACUUGAUGUUCUUAGUCUUUAACUUGCGCGAUGUGCCUGAAUGA